CAGCCACCCCCAUCACCUUCCAAGCCCACCUCCGGGACCACCCCGACCUGCCACGCUGGCUGAGGUACAUCCAACGUGACCCCCACCAGCCGGGCUACCUCUACGGCUGCCCCACGGCCACCGAGGUGGGCACCCACGUCAUUGAGGUGCUGGCGUACAACCGGGAGACCUACGAGACGGUGGCACAGAACCUCGUCAUCACCGUUGUCCCCACGCCAGGUGGGGAACCACCGUACCAGGGUGAGUUCCUGGUGGGGAACAGGAACGUGGAGGAGCUGCUGCCGGCCAUGGUGCAGGAGAUGUUCCUCCAGGCCACGGCUGGUGUCUGGGAGCAGGGUGACCUCCAUGUCAUCAACAUCACCUCUGCCCUGGACCGAGGUGGCCGUGUGCCACUGCCCUUCGAGGGACGCAAGGAGGG